AUGCCUUUUGCACCAUUUAUUGGUGUAAACCACCAUGGGAAGUCAAUUAUAUUUGCGGCAGCACUUAUAUCCCACGAAGAUGCGCCAACAUUUGUUUGGGUGUUCGAAGAAUUCAUGAAGUGUAUGGCGCUUGGUAGCCGUAAGGACUGGCCGAAGAUUGAUACCCUAAUACGUACUGCAAUACAUGAUUUGCUUGAUCCUGACGAGUUUGAUGAAGCAUGGUGUCAUGUGAUGGAAGAAUACGGUCUAACUGGUCCUGGGUGGAUGAAGGAUGCAUACGAACUGAGGUGUCAGUGGGCUCCCGCGUACAAUAGAGGAAAGUUUUGGGCUGGUAUGUCUUCUACACAAAGAAGUGAAGCUGAGGAAGAGAAGCAGAAUAAUUAUGAUAGCAUUGAUAAGAUUCCCCGGCUUGAGCCGGAUAAGAGUGUGUUAGUUGAAUAUGUGUUGGUUAAGUCGUACACUAAUGAGAAGUUUGCGGAGGUGGUGGCAGAGCGUAAGGGUUUGACGCACACUAAUGUCACUAAAAUCGAUGCUCUUGGGAACUUGUCAUUCUAUAGAGCAGAUGAGAAAUUGACAUCCCCAUUAUGGCGGAAAAGGUUCAAACAGUACAACGUCAAAGUGGAUAAGGUUAAGGGUGAAUUACAUUGCUCGUGUAACUUGUUUGAAUUCACGGGCAUACUAUGUAGGCACAUAUUGGAGGCAAUGGACGUUGAAGAUUUUCAAUUUCUUCCUGAAAAAUACAUUUUACCACGUUGGAUGAAACAAGUGAGGUCGUAUGAAAGUCUUCAGGUUUCUUACUUUGACCCAUUAGAGUCAUCUCGUUUAGCGAAAGCCAAAGAGUUGUCACAAAGGCAUAAUUAUCUGUAUGAGAUGGCCAUGCGUAGUGAGGUAGCUUUGAAAUUGUACAAAGAGGCUAUGGAUGUGGUUCGUCUUAAAAUGGAGGAUGCAAUCGGAAUCAGGAAAACGGGUGACACGGGUGACGAUUCAAUACUUUGGUGGGAUCCCGAUGCUCGUAAUAGGCAUACUGGAAGGGCAAAGACUAAAAGAAAUUCUGCGUUUGAUAAGAGUGCUGCUGGGCCGUCGAAGAAGAACCAAACAACAACACAAGAGGAAUUAGUCGCGAAAGAGGCACUAAUUUACUCCGCAUUUGGUAACAUUCCUAGUUAUUGUGCUAGGCGUGAGCACGCAACUAACGUUGCCGGACCGUGUCUGGAUACGGGAUUGAACAACGGAGUUUUGUUCGAAGAUAUUCCUCAAGGCUCCCAAAUUAAAUUUUCUCAAGAUAAUUCACAACCAUUAAGUAAUGUUGGGAGUUACCCAUGGUGCACGAGACUAAUGUAG